AUGCCACUUACACAGAAUUCAUUUAAUGAAGCAAUCGAUACAGUACAAAUAAAUGAUGAUCAAGUGACAGAAAUGGUUUGGUUUAAAAGUUCAGUAGUUAAAAUUGUAUUAUUUGUACUUGGAGCAAUUUUACUAUGUUCCAUUGUGUUGAUACUUUUAGCCACAGCUUUAACACAUACAGCAUGGUUUCUUCGAAGAAGACGUUCUAUUCAUAAACGUUUAGAUUCAUCAAAUAGAUCAAAAUUAGAAAUGAAAGAUUAUAUGUUACAUUAUUUCUGUUUUGCUGUCGAAGCGCUUGCAAUAAACUCUGUAAAUGAUAGUGAAACUUCGUUAAAACAUACAAAAAUUUUUGCUUACAAAAAAAGUGAAAAUUCCUUUGAACAACCAUCAUUACCUUUACGAUUUCAACCUGAAAAACUAUAUGGAACGACAACAGUAUUGCACAAAGAUAGAAGUCGAAAAGGAAGUUGUAUUAAUUUACCAUUUCAUCCACAAGAAAAUCAAUUUAGAAAGAAGUCUAUGUUUGAUAGUUUUGUAUUUUCUGAUCAGAGGAGAUAUUCUAAGCCGUUGGAUUCAAAUAGCUUGUUAAGAAGCAACCUCUCUAUCCAUCACUCUCAUUUAGCCGGUAGUGAGAAAAAUUCUUCGGAAUUAAUCAAGUCAGUAAUAGCUUCGAAGUUGGAACCACAGGAUAUUCCACAACAUUUUUCAAUUUUGUCUAAUCAAUCUUCUUUCGAUCGAAAUAGUAGUCGUAAAACAUCAGUAUCAACUGAUGAUACAAAGUGUUGUGCUCCGAAUGAAGGGGAUAUAUGUCUUGCUGUCCCCAUAGUUACACGUAGAGCUUCAGCAACGGACUAUGAGCUUCUCGAUAGUCGUUUAGGUAAAUCUAAAAGAUUGUUAGAUACUCCGAUAUCCAUAACUGUGACUGACACUCAAGCUGAGCUAGAUGGUAAAUUAACCUUAAAAAAUGAUGAUAUACAUGCAUUGGGUACUCCAGGGUUAUUUUUAGAAGACCAAAAGUUUACUCGUCGAAACAGCUUUCUCUCUUAUUCUACAGCUGUCGAGGUCAAUGGCAAAGAGGAUCAAGAACCUACUGAUGAUGAUAAGUAUUUUCAUCCAUCUGCUGAAAUACAAAACAAGAUAGUAAGCUCAUCUUCAUUUUUCAGUGGACUGCAAACAAACGAGUCUAUAUUACUGGAUACGGAUACUGAUAAACAGAAAAUCAUGUAUAAACGACUUCCACCUGUUAUCACUUAUGACUGGAUCAAAUUCCCUGCUGGGAUUAUGGCUAUUGGUGUAAAGUAUUCUUCACAUGUUAGUAGUAAUCAAGAUCACAUCUUAGUCACACUGCACACAGGUAAAAAUCUGCUAUCUCCUCGCUUAUGGCAUAAAACAAUUUUUUGUGUUUACUGUACUAUAUCUAAUAAAGAAAUUACUCAAACAUUCACUGUUCACAGUAAAGAAACCGAAUUCGGUUGUCCACAGUUUUUAAAUCAUAAUGAGAUUUCAAUGAAUAUACCAGUAAGAAGAUGUUCAAUCUUAUCUGGAGCACAUAAUAUUGAAGCACCAAAAAUACAUAUAAAAUUGAAAAUUUUCGAAUCCAUUCCUAAGUGGUCUGGUGAUAAAGAAUAUUAUCACGGAUCUUGUAGUAUGUCAACAGAAGAACUUUCGAACGGUCAAAAGGAAUUUGAACACAUCGGAUGGUGUCUAGUUGAAGAAGCUUAUCCAGCAAUACGUUUAUCAGGUGAUAUGUUAAUUUCAAUAUGUCGUAAUCAAAGCAAAGGAUUUGUUAAUAUUCGAAUACAUGAAAUAAGAAAUUUACAAUUUCUUUCAUAUGGAAGAUGGAGAAUUGAAAACUUGAACGAUGCGUUAAAUAGCAGAGCUUAUGAAAUGACAGCUCAGAAAAUGCUUCCGAAUGAAUUCCUAGUUCUGUUAUAUAUAUUCUGUGCAGCUUCAUUCAUCAGUUUUUACGUUGGAGAUCAAUUCUUGAUUUUAUUGUGCUUUCAUUAUUCUUUGUUGCUUGUGAUCACAUUAGGAACUAUACUUAUGGCUGAAAUAAUGGCUUUGAGAACUUUGUUGCCGCUCAUAUGGAGUGCUCCAGUCAAUUUGUUGUACAUACUACUCAUUAAUUGCUUUCUCUGCCAUUAUUUAGUGUGGUCUGUGUUAAAGUUUUCUCUUGCUAACAUUGAAUGUGAGGUUCUUGAGAUUCCAACUUUCAGUAGCUUACCAACAAUCUGUUGUCUACUGAUCACGAUGCUGGGCUUUGGUCAUUGGAAAAAACACUUGACUUCACUAACAUGCUUUCUUGGAUAUAAACCGAAAAAACAUCUUGAAGUCCUUUGGAAUUCAUUCAUGGAGGCGUGCAUUGCUAUUUUGCUAAACAUAUUCUCUGUAUUGAAUUAUGCUGUAUAUUAUUACUUUGAUGAAAGUGACGGGUCAUUCCUUAAAUUCAUGAUCGAGAUUCUGUUUUUAAUAACGACAACAAACUUAAUAUCAUCACAACUUCGUGUUCAAAGUCUGCUUACACCUAAGGAUACUUUAAAUAAACAGAUUUCCCGUAUGGUUAUUCCCUUGUUCACUGGAAUUAUUUUAUUGAAUAUGCACACAGAAUUUUUUAACACUUUGAGCAAUACACUCAGUUAUUUGCCCAUAUUCACUGUGCAUUUUCUAGUCUUUUUAAUCAUAGUUUCAGUUACAUUGCUUAGAUACUAUCACCAAACUAUGAAAACAGAACUAUUUCUGAAGAUCAUGUCAACAAUACUAUGUGUUAUGAUCAUUGGACUGUAUUGGAAUAACCUUUCAAAUGUGUUCAGAAUUUCUCGGCAGCCUUUCUGGAAGAAGAGAUCUAUAAAUCAUUUGUUUUGGAGUGGAAUUGUUUGUCUCAUAUUUUCGGUACUCACAAUGUUUGCUUAUGAAUUUGGGAAUCAAGAAAUAUUUGAUAUAAUCUUUGGCGUUUCUUUAUGCAUUCUACAUUAUUCCGAAUGGUGUUUAUAUAUGACCACUUAUAUUUCUGAAUCCUGGCUGUACAAUUCUUGCAUAAUCACUGUUGUGUCAGUAUUACUGGCAGCUGCAUCUACAAACCGAAGACGUUUCAUGAAUAAUUCCGUUUUAAAUCGGAGUUUUCCAGUGAAAAUUUUCAGUUGGAACGUUUUUGCUCCUUGUUGUUUAGUUCCAGCCAUCUUAAAACUUCUUUUACUGUGGAUAAAUGAAUAUGUCAAUAAUCCUACUCACCAUAACACAUUAAAUCAUCGUGUACAUUAUAAUAAAGAUUUUGUUCUGGGUUUAUAUCUGCUACUUUUGGGAUUGUUUUGCAGUGAAAGGAUUUAUCAGCUUGUAAAACGAGUAGUUAGACGCCUUUUGGAUUUUUAUCCAUUUUUCUCACCGAGUCGUAUUGUGAUUGAACCAUUAAUGAUGGUGGGGUAUUUUUGUACCGCUAUCACUUUAGUCUGGUCCCAAGUGAUGUUACUUUCUAACGUAGAUACUGAUCUAUUUCUUACUUCAAAUAUUUAUAUUCUUAUUCAAAUUUCUAUUUCAUGUCUGGUGACCAGUUUAGCCUUAAUUCUACCAUCUGCAUUGAAUUUAAAUCUAAUAAGCUGUGAAACGUCUGGUUAUUCUCGUAAUUUUGCCAAAAUUGGUCUAUUACUUUUAGCACUAACUUUUAAUUCAAUUCAGCUUGAUCUUAAUUUGUCUGAGGCUGGUGUCUACGUCGUAACUAUUCCUACUUGUAUAUUAUGCAUAAUUUGGAUGAUAUGUUUAUUCUCUUAUGCAACAUUGGAAUUAUAUUCUAUUAGUGUAUUUAUGUAUGCACUUCAGAAUGUAAUUUAUCCUGGUUUAUUCAUUUUGUCUGUUUCAUUCACCUCUAUGAUAUCAGUAGAUUUAUUUACUCCCAACUUGACUGUAUUUUUGCUUUUCUCAGUUUUUGUAUCGUGUGUGAUUUGUUUUGUAAUUUGGGAUAUUAACGAUAGUUUAAUAACUGAUCAAAUUCAGUGUACGUUUACUAACUGCGAAUCUGAUAUGAUAAUGACUAUGUUCGAAAAAGACGACAAUAGCGGUUCAUUGAAGAAAUCAUCGAAGAAAUUCUCAUCCGUUUCAUUGAAUAAUCCAAGACAUAGUCAUGUAGCUGUAUGCAAUUCAUUUCGUGAAUUACUUAUAAGAUUAAUUUUGUUAAUUUGUUCAUUAGUUAGUUUACUAAUUUUAUUAGUAUAUCUUGUUCAUCAUUUGGAAGUAUCUGUGACUGAUACUAUUUGUCAGUUGUAUACAAUAUUCGCAUUGAAAAUAUUUUGUAUCGCACAAAUCUCCGUUGGAUACCCUCAAAGAUGGCUCUGUGACAAGGUUCGAUGUCGGUCUGCUCGACUCAUUGACAAUGAUUCCAACUAUGUUUUACGAUUUAUUCUAAUAUCUAUGGUCAACGUUUGCAUUAUAUUAUCGGUUAUCCUUCGUUAUCACUUCUGUACAAUUUUUUCUACGGAAAUAGAAAUAUUCUUCCUUCCAUGGAUCAUCUUCACUUUUCAUGGUAAACAACUUCAUCGAUAUCGUCAUGUUUUAGCAUUAACCUGUUUCACUAUUCUUUUGUUGUACAUGGUGUUUAUUCAUUCACCAAUUGUGAAAGGUUAUGCACCAUCUUUGCCAACGUUUGAUCGUCAAUUUUUCGGUAGAACAAAUUCACCAUUGUAUUAUUGGAGUGAAUUUUUAUUAACUAUUGCAUUAUGUCCAUUGCAUUUAUUAUUUCUUGCAGAUCAAUCAAAUAUAACUACACAAGCUAUAGCUGAUAUACUUUUCUUAAAUCAAUUCAGUCAAUCCCAUACACAUAAACAACAUUCAACUACAUUAUUAUCAUCAAUUCUAUGCUUUAAAUGUUUGAAAUUUCAAAUAGCAUAUACUUUAAGUUAUAUCUUUUCAUGCAUUUUGUAUACAGCUUAUGGUUUAUUACCAUUCUGUAUAAGUUAUUGGUUUGUAGCCAGUUCGUUGGCAUCGGCUAUUUUCGGUUUGUAUAGUUUUAUUAUUUGUUCUUAUUUAUUACUUCGUGUAGAUAUUGUCACAGACCACUAUUCUUACUAUUCGUACACGUGA